UCCGCCCAGACACCCUGGAGGCGGUCAGACAAGAGAUCAACAUGGGGAGGCCCGGGGAGAUGAAGGAGGCCAUCAGGAUCCUGGACGAAUGGGUGCACCAGCAGCCGCAUUUUAUUGAGAAGGAUAUUCCACAGCCCUACCUGGAGACGACGAUCGUAAAUUCGAAGGGGUCGGUGGAGCGAGCCAAGCGCAUUCUGGAGAACAUGUUUACUGCGCGCACACAGCGGCCUGAAUACUUCGAGCCGAGAGACGUGAGGGAGUUUUAUGACGUCAUCAAGGGGCACAUCAACAAGGUGUUCACUACCCAGCUGACGCCGCAGCAGCACCGCAUCAACAUCAACCGCUGCCGCGGCAGACCCGACGACCACGUGCUGGAAAACGCCUACAAGUUCGCCUACAAUGUGAUGGACUACCUCAAGAUUCACGACUACCACAGCGGUAUGGUGUCAGUUUUCGACCUGGUGGACGCCGACCUGCCGUACAUACUCACACACACCAACUUCGUCGCGCUCAAAAACGCCAUGAUGAUCUUUUUGGACUGCUAUGGUCUCCGUGUGAAGCGGAUCCACGUGAUCACCAGAUCAAAGGUCAUCCACCAGGUGGUGGCCAUAUUGAAGCCCUUCUUCAGCCAGAAGAUCGUGGAGCGACUGGUCUUCCACCAGGCGCCGGAGGAGCUGCUGCAGUACUACGCCGCGGAAUAUCUGCCGAAAGAAUACGGGGGCAGUGACAAAAGUGUAGAGGAAUUGCAGGAGUGGAUAGUGGAUCUGCUGUCAUCCCCCCAACACCGCGCCCACAUGGAGGUGAUGUCGCGCGCCGCCGUCGAUGCGGUGCUCUGCCCCGCCACGCACGCCGCCAACAUAGACCACGUCGCUGGAACCUUCAGGACCCUCCAUAUUGACUAGAGAUACCUCGGGGUAGCUCAAUAUUCACGAAGUCUUUAACAAGCAGAAGUGACGCUGUGACAUAUCGCUUGCAGCUCAAUGAUAUCCUCUGACAGAGUCAACAAUAGAGCUGCUUUCAACUCAGUGAACAAGAAG